AGUCUCACCUGUCCGUGAUUAGUCUCACUCUUACUCGUGCCUUCACUUGUGGAUUUAGUCCGUGUGUUCCUUGGUUUCAGUGUCAGUUUGUCGUUGUAGUAUGUGUCAAGCGUACAGCCCUGUGUUUUGCUGAUAUGUUUUCUGGACCUUGUCUUUUCAUUUGGACUUUUUGACCCUAGCCUGCCUCACCAUCGUCGACGCUGUGACUCAUGUGGUGUCAGAGGAAAGCCAGGCUUCAUCCCUGUGGAAGUGGCUAAAGGAGAGUGCCCCGAAGAAUCUACCUAACAUGCAUGUGUUGGACAUCAGCUGGUUCACCGACAGCAUGAAAGAGGGCAGACCUGUUGCUGUGGAGACCAGGCACCUUAUUCCGGACUCAUUGCCCACAUUGCCAGGAGGUUCUACACCCACUGCUGUGGCCACCGUUUCUCAAUAUGCCUGCCAGAGACGGACAACCACAGAAAACAAUAACAAGAUUAUCACAGAUGCAUUUGAAGUGCUGGCGGAGAGCUAUGAAUUCAACGAGAUCGAAGGUCCAUGUCUGGCCUUCAGGAGAGCUGCAUCUGUCCUGAAGAGUCUGCCCUGGGCGGUGCGCAGCCUGGAGGCCACUCUCGACCUACCCUGCCUGGGGGAACACACUAAGGCAGUUAUGGACGAGAUCCUUCAAUGUGGCCAUGCGUUUGAAGUCGAGAAAAUACUCUCUGAUGAAAGGUAUCAAACUCUAAAGCUGUUCACAAGUGUGUUUGGGGUUGGACCUAAGACGGCUGAGAAGUGGUACCGCAGAGGGCUGCGCUCAUUCAGCGACGUGCUGGCAGACCACAGCAUUCAGCUAAACCGGAUGCAACAAACUGGUUUUCUGCAUUAUGGAGACAUCUCCAGGGCUGUCAGUAAAGCAGAGGCCCGAGCCCUGAGGAACAUUAUUGACGAAGCUGUCCAUGCCAUCACACCGGACGCCGUACUAGCACUGACAGGUGGCUUUCGCAGGGGGAAGGAGUUUGGUCAUGAUGUAGACUUUAUCGUGACUACAACUGAGCUGGGAAAAGAGGAGAGUCUGCUACCCAGAAUUAUUAGAAGACUGACAAAGCAAGGCAUUCUGCUGUAUUGUGAUUACCAGGCCUCCACCUUUGAUAUGUCAAAGCUUCCUGGCUACAGGUUUGAGGCCAUGGACCACUUUGCAAAGUGCUUCCUGAUCCUGCGGCUGGAGGGCAGCCAGGUGGAGGAAGGUCUCCACAUUGCUGAAGGGGACAGCAGGGGCUGGAGGGCAGUGCGCGUGGACUUGGUGUCGCCACCUAUGGAUCGUUAUGCCUUUGCUCUCCUGGGCUGGUCUGGCUCCAGGCAGUUUGAGAGAGACCUGAGGCGGUUUGCUCGAGUGGAACGGCACAUGCUUUUGGACAACCACGCCCUGUACGACAAAACCAAGAAAGAGUUCCUGGCAGCUACGACUGAAAAGGACAUCUUUGCCCAUCUGGGUCUCGAGUACAUUGAGCCUUGGCAGAGAAAUGCGUAGGCCUCAGCUCCUCCCCGGCUGCAUGAUAUCCUGUGUGUACAUCAGUGUUUAUCCCAUCUGCUUGCCGUUCUGCAGCUCUCCUGUGAUUCACUUUCAAACAGCUUUUGAUUUCCAUACAGUUUUGUGUUGUUGCUGUUAUUGUUGUCUACAUUACAUACUGGUGUAUGAUUCAUAAUUCUGCUUAUUGUCUCUCAGUGAGUAAACACUCCUAUACCAUUCAUGGCUUCCCUGUCUCUAAGUGUUGUAAUCAUAGGCAGGACACAAAGAAAAUCAGUCCGAGUAUGAAUUGCCUGCGGUGCCUGCGAGGUGCAGGAGAGAGAGAGCCUGAAAGGAACACAGAGGGAAGCAAACGAGGGAAGGGGGUGACCACAGAGAGAGGGUGAGGGAGAAGACAGGAAACGAUGAGAAAGGCGAGGGGGAAGGGAGCUUUUGUCGCGCAAAAUGUUGUAAUCACCCUCCUCCUGGCAGGAAACUGCUCGGCAUGAAGCUGAGCCAGGUCUCUGGGGAAUUGAGGGGCGGGUAAUGAGCUUCAAAUAAAGGAGCGUUCGGCAUCGCCAUUUAGCCUCCAUUUAAGCCUACGUCCACUGGAGAUCAUUUAGCUGGCAUGCUGCUAUCCAAAGACCCGAAGUCUUCGCUCUUGUUCCAAAAUGAAUCCCCUUCCCCAGAUGCUUGGAUGAAAUUAGAGGCAAUCAGCUGCGCCGGGAAAUCAUGAAGAAUUCAGACGGAAGGUAAAUGAGUCCCCAAACCACAUGGAUGGAUCCCGGCGUUCAAAGGAACUCAUAAAACAUCCAUUAUCUCACUGGUUUCACUUUGGCUUAUGUUUUAUGUAUGAUUUUUGUUUAUCAGGAUUUGUGUCCUUAUUUCUCAAAUGUACGCUGGCCCUGUAGGACAAUGAUCCACUAAUGAAGAAACUUUAUUGAUCCCUUUGGGCAAUCUGGGCAGAGUCUGACUUGUUCCUCCAGUAAUGACAUGACCUGCCCCGCUGUCCACACCCAACCCACUUUCCCAUGAUGACCAGCCCCCGGUUUAUCCCAUGGUGCCUCAACGAGAGCAGAGACAGAUGAGUGCAAGGCAUUCUAGUGAAUCACCCUAUUUAAAGAUCUUUAAGUAGAACAGUCCUGCACUUUGAGGACUCGACCCGGGCCUCCUCCCACCACUCCUUCUUCUUUCUCCCUCUUGGUUUCUGUCUCUUUCUCUCCCACUGUCUUGCUCUCUCAACCUCGCUGACACAAAGCAAACUUUAAAGGUUCCGAGUUGCAGUGUUAACCAGAUGGAGCAAGCUCCGGCACCCUGGUCUCCUGGGUUAUUUGAUGUUUUUAUACUUUAAAGCGGUGGUUGAAUUUUUACCAAAAAAAUAAAAGAUUUCUCCAGAGUGGAAAAAAAAAAUCAAGCUGACCUCAAUAAA